UAUUGGCCAAUUUUCAAUUUGUUUUCUGACAUGAUUUUUCUUAAAACCUUUGCAUUUUCGUUUGGCUAUUUGUAAACUGAAAAUAAUAAUGCAUGCACCAAGACUUAAUACGGUGUACAUGAUCAGCAACACCUCAGGAUAAAAUACCACGGACGUUUAUUCUCUCACGUCUGCUGUGCUGGCCGAGUGCCUCAUGGCGUACGUCUGAUUGCGGGCUAAGGUUUGCUUGAAGAUAAAGGAGCGGAAGUUGUAUUACAGUGACAUAACAUACACACUAGUAGUCCAUGGUCGGUGCUGACACAGGACGCCGGUGAUAAGGAAUAUCGAUACUAACCAAACACUACAGUUACACAACACGGAAGAUAACACAGUUAGACCAUGGACACCCCAGCACUAGUCAACAUAUCUGGAGUCUCCAAUAGAUCUGAGACAACACAGUCACAAGAUGAUCGGCUUUUUCUACAACCCUUUUGGGAUCUCCGCCUAGGCUACGAGAGCUACAUGGAGUCACCGCUGUUUCCCGUUUUUCUCUCCGUGAUCUUCUACUUCAGCCUGUGUUUGCCCUUCAUGUUGUGUGAUAUCUACUGCAAGAACCAGAGAUGGUACAAGAAGUACAAGAUUCAACCGGACAAAGAGAUAACAAAGGAGCAAAUCUACGACACCUUGACCUUGACCUUCUGGAACCACAUCCUGUUCAUCAUGCCAGCCGCCGUGGGUCAGUGGAUCUGGACCCCUGCGACCCCCCUCCCCCACCUAGCCCCAACAGUCUUUGACUUCUGUUGGCACCAGUUGGCCGGGCUGUUUAUAUUUGACUUCCAGUACUAUGUGUGGCACAUGUCGCACCAUAAGAUCCGCUUCCUGUACCGCCACAUCCACGCCGUCCACCACCGCUACAACAGCCCGUUUGUCUGGGUCACUCAGUACCUGCACCCGUGGGAGCUGGUCACGGUCGGGUUCCUGACCACAACAAACACCUGGUUCUUCAACUCACACCCCUUGACCGUCUGGAGCUACAUGAUCAUGAGCAUCGUCGUGAGCGUGGAGGCCCACAUCGGCUUCGACUUCCCUUUCCUCCUCCACAACCUUGACCCCACCGGCACCAUCGGCGGCUCCCCCAAACACGACAUGCACCACCAGAAACCGCUGACCAACUACCAGCCGUUCUUCAACCACUUCGACAAGCUGUUUGGUUCCUUCUGUCCGGCCAUGAGCGCAGGGGGGAAGAAGAGCAAGGCAUUGCAAGACUACGAGAGAAGGGCCAGGGACUGCAAGAAAAAUUUGUAGUUCUGAUAUUAUUUUUGUUUCGUUAAAAAAACUUGGCAGGGAAAUGCGGAAUCCAUAAUUUUUAAACGUGUAGAGAAAUAUUUACUUCAGCUUAGGUUAGGCUGAGAUUAGUUUAAAGGUAGACUGUGCAAUAAUUAGGUCAAAAGGUGACGUAUGCUUAGUAAUGCACUAGUUACUAAAUUUAUAUUUAUACGAAUAUUCAAUUAAUUUUACUCCUGAAUAAGAAUCGUUGUAUUAAAACCGCCAUGAAAAAAUAUAGAUCUACCCAUUAAUUUCAAUAUUUCAAAUUUUUAAGACGGCAUAUUUUACUCCAAAAAAAAAAAAAAAAAAAAAAAAAAAAAACCAACUUUCACAUAGUGGCGAGAAGAGAGAAGUUUAUCCAGAUUACAACCUACAUAUUAUCUUUACACACUCUACCCAUUGCCCUGCCAAUCCUUUAUGUACUUGUUGAUAAUAGUUGAUCCGAUCUUCCUUCGCCAAUUCAAUGCAAACUGUACUGAAAAAAUUCCGCUGUGUGAUGUCCUGAUACUGGCUCUAUGACGAUUUGAUCUCAGCUGAUGGUGUAGUAGCCUACACACUUUUCAUUAAGCAGUGUGUACUAAUAAUAGUGAAGAUAAUGAUGAUGCUUACAGUAAAAUAAAAAAAAAACUGAUUAUGAUAAAAUUGAAAUAUAACCAUAAAAUAUAAGAUGGUACAUUUAACCCAAAUCUUCAAAUAUGUGAAUUUUAGAACCUCCGAGACUGUUUUGCGAAAAGAAACCAGUUAAAUAUUUAUAAAUUUUUGUUAGUUGAUCUCACAUUAAUUAGUUGACAAAAACAGACACUUCGGUCUAGUGAUUUGCUACUAGAAUUAUGAUUCUGGGAUCAAAUCCGAACGAGCCAAUGCCAGACAUUUUUAUGUCAGCCACCUUCACUUGAUUGAAAGUUUUAACAGAUUUUAAAAUUAAAAAUAAAUUAAUUUCAUAUUGUUGUAUAUAUCCAUGACAAGUAACGCAUGAUUUGUUAGCUUUAUGUGCCAUAGUGUAAUGUAUAUCUUCUUCUAAUUCAGCACUACAUAUUUCAAAAUGUAAAUGAUUUAGUGUUGAAUUGAAGUCAAGUUAUUUUACUUUUGUAUUACUACAAUUAAAAAUCAGCAAUGAUAAAACACGUUUUUGAUGAUGUUCUGUAACCAGUCAAAACUAAUUAAAAAAAAAUUCUCAUAUUCAUUUGUGCACCUUCGUACUAACACACUGUUCAAUACAAAUAUUCGUCACGUGAUAUUUUAGUACCACCUACAAGUAAUUGUGUAACACCCUAGACGUGGCUCCUCUCGCUAGCCUAACAACAGCAGAGGUUUGUAAGCACCCGUUUAAAUCAUCAUCAACUUUUUCCCGUUCGUGCCCAAGACACAUGGGACAGACGAAGUAGAGUUUUUCAGUGACCUCGGCUAAUGACGGAAUAGUGUCCGUGUGGUCAGCACUAUAACCAGCCGCCUUAACUUUCCCUAACGUGAGUUAGGUCCCUAUCAGAGCUGGGUUGACUCAAGGACGUUCUACAGCUAGGCCACGCAUCCGACAUCAGUUUAAAUAGUUUCACAAAAUGAUUGUUUUAUUUUGUGUGUGUGUGUGUGUGCAAUGCUAACAGUUUAAUGACAUAGCUCUGUAUAGCUGCAGCUAUUGAUGAAUUGGUGGGCAUGCAUUCACAUAUUUAAUAAAAGUUGCUUAAGUUAACAACAACAGCAACAUCAACAGCAGCAAAAAAACAAUAAUACGUUAAAAAUCGCUGCUCAAGUAUAUAGCAUAAGGUAGUGAAUAAAAUUAGUGGGCAGCUAAUUAGUUCUGGAUUCACUUUUUAAAAAUCUAUUGGGUUUUUUUAACAUUUAGUUUAGCUUGUCAUUUUAUACCGACUGGUGAGAUCACAAUUUGUGUACACCUUCGUACACAGUCGUACUAAUGUCCAUUGUACUUCUAUUGGACUUCUGUAGACCCCUACUUGUAUUUUUAAAAAUGUUAAACAAUGCUGCGGGAAAUCUUUAAUGAUGAAUGCAGGAAAGAUGUUAUUUUACUGAUUUUUUAAAAACUUGAGUUUAAUGUUUAGUAAAAAAAUAUAUUUUGUUUGUUUAAAUA